GCGGGGCCGGCGUGUCCCGGGAGCUCCGCGUGCAGCAGCACCGGCCACCCGGCUCCGAGGCGGCACGCUCCCCGGCCCCCAGCCUUCUGCAGGUGACCCGCCUGGUCGAGUUCCGCGUGGAGAUGGCAGACGAUCUUGGAGACGACUGGUGGGAGAACCAGCCUGCAGGAGCAGCCAGCAGCCCAGAACAGCAUGGUGGAGGGCAAGUCCAUCAAGAUACUACAGUGGUCAGCAACAGGUGUGCCAGAGAAGCAUCUGAUGGUGAAGGAGGAGGAGACACAGAAAUGAUGCAGACAGAGACAGCUCCAAUUCCUGCUCUGCCAAAGAAAACCAAACAGCCUACAGAAUGUUUCUUGUUACAACCAAAGGAAACAAAAGUGGAUGCUACUAAGACCAGGAAGAGGAAGAAGAAGAAAAUUACUGAUGUUCUUGCAAAAUCAGAACCAAAGCCAGGGACCCCUGAAGACCUACAGAAGAUGAUGAAGGACUAUUAUAGCAGCAAUCGCUCAGUGAUUGAAUUAGAGGAACUGAACCUACCAGAUUCCUGUUUCCUCAAGGCCAAUGAUUUGACUCACAGUCUUUCAUCAUACCUAAAAGAAAUCUGUCCUAAGUGGGUAAAACUUCGGAAAAAUCACAGUGAGAAGAAAUCAGUCUUGAUGCUGAUCAUCUGCAGCUCUGCCGUUCGAGCCCUGGAGCUCAUCAGGUCGAUGACCGCAUUUAGAGGAGACAGCAAAGUUAUGAAAUUAUUUGCAAAACAUAUAAAGGUCCAAGAACAAGUAAAGUUGCUGGACAAGCGUGUGGUGCACCUGGGUGUAGGAACUCCAGGGAGAGUUAAAGAACUAGUUAAACAAGGUGGCCUUAAUUUGAACCCCUUAAAAUUUCUGGUUUUCGACUGGAACUGGAGAGAUCAGAAGUUGAGGAGAAUGAUGGACAUUCCCGAGAUAAGAAAGGAAGUUUUUGAACUUCUGGAAAUGGGAGUACUCGGUCUAUGCAAGUCAGAAUCUUUGAAGCUGGGCCUUUACUAAGCCUGGGUCCUAAUGAAGAUUCCAGUGUUCACAGUGAAAUGUGCUUCUUGUUCAGUGACUCUGACACAUUACAAGCAUCAGUAAAUGUCACCUCUUAUUUUAUUAUGUUAACUGCAUCACCAGGAAGAUCACUGGGAAUGCUGGAUGGGGAUUCUCUGGUGGACAUGAAUCUGUCUUUUUGCUGACUCCCUUGUAUAAUAAAGUAUCACCAGCUUA